CUUUGGACUUGUCCUGACGAUAAUUAUCGCAUUCCUGCUGUUCUCUGCACCAGCAGCACCGUUCUUCAUGGUAACGAUUGUCUUUGAGAUCGAUGCGAGGCUGGUGGGGAUGCGUCAUCUGUUGAUUCCUCUGGCAGUCACACUCCUGUGGAAUCUACCCAUUGUGGUGGCCCUCCUGAUGACAUUACGCACUGAUUUGGUGGGCAAAGAGGUGAAUUCUUAAUUUACUUAAUAAUAUCCACAUGCAAUGAAUCGACUCAGCCCAUGACUAAACAAACAUUUCCCCAAGAGGUUCGCCUUCCAUUUUCAAGGUUGAGUGAGUGCACUUCAAUCAUCCCUCCACACACAUUCAUUAUUCAUUCAAUUCACUCAAUCCCUGGAGUAAGUUAUCCAAUGAAAACAGUAAAGUCCUUUCCUGGCUCUGCUCAUCAGUUGAUUGCCACACUUCGAUGAGGAUGCACUCGUUCGGGGAUCUGCGGACUCACCUGCGAACCCUUCGGUUGCUGGGAGUUUUUCGAUUCCACAUCGACUACGACAAAUGCGUUGUCUCCUCGACGCCUUCGGAAGAGCGCGUGGCACGUUUCUAUCUGUGGGGAGUCUUGUGGAUCCUGCUUAAUAUCCAAACGUACUGCACCUACAUGCCACAACACUUUUUCAUGGUCAAUUACAAUGCAACGGGGAAUUGCUAUUCUUUGAUCAACAUACGGACGUGCAACGUGACCACAGCUCUGAUCUACACAAUGCUCUACGUGAGACGCUGUCGCUAUGCUCGUCUCUUGGAGACAAUGCUGCGCCUCAACCGGGCCUUCAGGGAUCCGCAGUCAUCCUCCUUGUACGGCAUCCAUCUGACACUCUUUGUGCUCUGCAUGAUCAACUAUGGCCAUGGCUACUGGCGGGCGCAGGUCCGGCCGACGUCCAUUCCCAUCUACCUUUUCCAGUAUGGAUUCUCAUACAUGCUCAUGGGACAGCUGGUGGUCCUGUUUGUCAGCUUUCAAAGGAUACUCCUCUCCAGUUUGAGGUGCUACAAUCGAAAGUUGUUGGGAAGUCGCCAGCUGUCCCGCGAGUGCCGUGAGUUCUAUGAGGAUUUCCGUGAUUACAAUCAGAUUAUAAGACUCUGCCAUGAGGACAUCCACGACUGCUUUGGUCUCCUGCUGCUCCCCAUAACCGGAUAUGUGCUAGUGACCACACCAUCGGGUCCUUUCUAUCUGAUUUCGACGCUUUUCGAGGGCCUCUUUCGUACGCCAUGGCGCUUUGCCUUUAUGUUUUUGACUUGUGUAUUCUGGAGCAUGCCUUGGGUGACCCUGCUGGUGCUCGCGAUGGGUACUACAAAUGUCCAAAGGGAGGUGAGUAGAAGGUGCCUCCCCCACCCAUUAAUCUCGAAUCAGUACGCAUAUCUAGCUAAUUAA